AAUUCCGACGGAGGUUCCGACGGACCAAAGUGUCGUCGGACAAAUUUGACGAUUUUCCGACCAAUUUCUGACGGAAGCAAAAAAUAAGAGGUCGUCGGAAUUCCGUCAGUAAAUACUGACGGAAUUCCGACGAAACAGGGUUCGUCGGUAUAUACCGACGACUAUCCGACGAUAUUCCGAUCAACAAUUAUAUCCGUUGGGGUCGUCAGUAUUCCGUCGGUAUAUACCGACGGAAUUCUGACGAACCCUUGUUCGUCGGCAUAUACCGACGACUAUCUGACGAUAUUCUGAUCAACAGAUAUAACCGUUGAGGUCGUCGGUAUUCCGUCAGAAAAUACCGACGAAUUUCUGAUGGACUAUGUGACCGUUGCCGACAAAUCCAUAUGACCGUUUUAUAGCCGUUUAAAAUUUGUAAAUACCGACGGAAUUCCGACGCACUGCUUUAUGUCCGUCGGAAUUCCGUCAGAAAUUCGUCGGAAAGCCGUAACCAAUUUCCUAUAAAUUCAACUCCUCCUCAUUUCAACUCUUCACUCCUCAUUCUCUCUUCAUUCUCUUUGAUCAUAACAAUUCCGUAAAAAUCAUGUCUUCAGGAGGUUAUUAUCGUUCAUGGAUGGAUAAACCUCAUUUGGAUCCCAACACCAAAUUGCUUACGGAAGAAUACGUUCAAGGGAUUAAAGAAUUCAUGAGGCUUGUUCAACAACAACCAGAUGCAAAAAAUGGUAUGUUAAGAUGUCCCUGCUCUAGUUGCAAUAAUAAUAAAGUUAUAGAAGAAUUUAAUGUUUGGACUCAUUUGUAUAUGAAAGGGUUUUCACGUAAUUACAAAGUUUGGUAUCUUCAUGGAGAAACUGGUUAUGAAUAUGGUAGUACUAGCGAACCUCAGCCUAUUAGUGAAUUUCAGUCGGAUAUUAGGUUAGAAGAAUCUAGAACGGAUAUAGAUUAUGGUGUAGGUACUGAGCAGAUGGUACAUGAUCAUUAUAGAGGGGAAGAACCAAAUCCCGAAUCUAGGAGAUUUUUUGACAUGUUAGAUGCAGGAAAACAACCUUUGUAUCAAAAUUGUAGAGAUGGUCAUUCAGCCUUAUCAUCUGCAACUAGAUUAAUGGGUAUUAAGACAGACUAUAAUUUGGCUGAAGAAUGUAUGGAUGCGAUUACUGAUUUUGUCAAAGGCAUUCUACCUGAGGAUAAUGUUGCACCGGGUUCAUACUACGAAGUUCAGAAACUGGUUGCCGGUCUUCAACUACCGUACGAAGUGAUAGAUGUAUGUAUUGACAACUGCAUGAUCUACUGGAGAGCGGAUGAGACACGGAAUGAAUGCAAAUUUUGUGGGAAACCUCGUUUCCAGGAGACGAGGGGAAGAGUUCCGAUCCCGUUCAAAAGAAUGUGGUAUUUGCCUUUGACGGAAAGAUUGAAGAGGUUGUAUCAGUGUGAGCGCACAGCAAAAGCAAUGAGAUGGCAUGCAGAGCAUUCCACAAAUGGUGAGAUUAGACAUCCUUCAGAUGCGAAGGCUUGGAAACAUUUCCAGUCAACAUAUCCAGAAUUUGCAGAAGAGAGAAGAAAUGUUUAUCUUGGAUUAUCUACUGAUGGUUUCAGCCCAUUUGGAAAGCAUGGAAGACAGUAUUCUCUUUGGCCAGUUAUUGUGACACCGUACAACCUACCGCCGAGCUUGUGCAUGCGACGAGAGUUUUUGUUCCUCUCAAUUCUCGUCCCCGGGCCAGAGCAUCCUAAAAGAUCACUAGAUGUGUUUCUUCAACCACUGAUAUAUGAGUUGCAACAACUAUGGGCGCAUGGUUUUGAGACAUACGAUGUUUCGUGCAAAGAAAACUUUCAUAUGCGGGCAGUACUUAUGUGGACAAUAAGUGACUUUCCAGCAUAUGGUAUGUUAUCUGGAUGGACAACACAUGGGAGACUAUCAUGUCCAUAUUGUCAAGAUGACACAGCUGCUUUCCAACUAAAGAACGGAAGGAAAACGUGUUGGUUUGAUUGUCACAGGCGAUUUCUACCACCUGAUCAUCCAUACCGCAGGAGUAGGAAUGCAUUUACGAAGAACAAGCAGGUGUUUGAUGGUCCACCUGUGGAAGUUAGUGGGGAAGAUUUGUUGAAGCAGUUUAGGUAUUUUGAUGCAGAAAGGACGCCAGAUGUAGGUGGACAUGAAAACAUUCGAGUCAGUGCGGUUGGAGAGCUACAUAACUGGCACAAAAAGAGUAUUUUCUGGGAUCUGCCAUAUUGGGAAAGUCAUCUAUUGCGGCAUAAUUUAGAUGUCAUGCAUAUUGAGAAGAACUUCUUCGACAAUCUGAUGAACACAUUCCUUAACAUCCAAGGUAAAACGAAGGAUAACUUGAAGUCAAGGUUGGAUUUAGUCGAUAUCUGUGAUCGUCCUGAACUUCAUGUGGAUGAGAAUGGUACGGCCCCUUUUCCCAUUUAUCGUCUGGAUGGUGCUAGAAAAGAAGAGUUCUUUGAUUGGAUUACAGAUAAAGUGAAAUUUCCUGACGGAUAUGCAUCAAAUUUGGGGAACUGCGUUGAUAGAAGCGAAGGAAAGUUUACUGGCUUGAAGAGUCAUGAUUGUCAUGUAAUUAUGCAGCGCCUCCUUCCGUUUGCUUUUUCAGCAUUAUUGCCACGUAAUGUUCAUGAAGCAAUUGCAGGGAUAAGUGUUUUCUUCCGCGAUUUAUGCAGCAGAGUAGUGACUGAAGAGGGUAUUAAUAAUUUGAAGACAAACGCUCCAGUCAGCAUGUGCAACCUCGAGAAGAUAUUUCCUCCAUCAUUCUUUGAUGUUAUGGAACAUCUUGUUAUUCAUCUCGCAAGAGAAUUGGAACUUGGUGGUCCUGUGCAGUACAGAUGGAUGUAUAUUUUUGAGCGUUAUAUGCAUCAUCUGAAGAAGAUGGUCAAAAAUUUAAGCCGGGUGGAAGGAUCUAUAGUGGCACAGGUGAUCAAUGAAGAAACUGCAAUUUUUGCUGAAAAUUAUUUUCCACCAGAAGUGCAUACAAAACACCGAAGACCUUCUCGGCACAAUGACAGAGGAGAGAGAGCAACAUAUCAUGUUACUGUCCCAAGCAUGUUCAAGGAAAUAGGACGACUUAGUGGAACAUUCACGAAGCGGAGACUUACGGACACUGAGCACGCUCAUUUGCAAACAUAUUUGCUCACCAACUGUGAAGAUGUUCUACAAUAUGAGAGUGUAUAUAUGGCGGAGUUGCGUAUGACUCACAGCCAUGCAACAGAACAUGAGCUUCAACAACUUAGAGAUAAUGGAUUUGCUGCGUGGCUUCGUAGUUAUGUGAAUGAUGGUUUGGCCAGAGGUUUUGUGUUCGAUGAUUGGAUACGCGAAUUUGUGCAGGGACCAAACUAUGUGGUCAAAUCAUAUCCAAAAUUCUGUACGCGAGGAUAUGCAUUCACAAAGAAAGGUCAUUCUAAGACAACAUAUGAUGCUGGUGUUUCAUCUUCUUCCGGUGACGAUGUCUACUACGGCAACAUAAAAGAAAUAUUAGAAAUCCAAUUUCCUGGAAUGGUUGGAUUGCGUUGUGUAGUAUUCUAUUGUGAUUGGUAUGACACCACCCUAGAUAGAGGAGUGAAGAUUGAUGCGUUUGGUGUUAUAUCGGUUCAUUCGCGGCGGAAACUUCAAUAUUAUGAUCCCUUCAUUCUUGGUUCGCAAGCUGAUCAGGUGUGCUACAUCAGUUACCCUCGGGUGACGUACAGAGACGAUCCUCUACCCACGGCUCAUAUCUCUUCCCCCAAACCCGAAAUCAUGUCCGAGGAAUCACCCCGCCCUGCAGCCCGUCGACGUAGUUCGGUGAGCUCUUCCCGUGCAUCGGGAUCGUCUCACGAACAAAACUCGUUUCCCGCAUAUAUUCCCGCUCCACCUCCCGCUCAACAGAAUCCGGGGGUCAUGCCAGUUGAACUAUUGGUUCAACAACCGGGUCGAGAGCAUCUCCCGGUUCUCCAUCCCACCCCACGACGAGGACAUAGCACUUGGUUCACCAAGUCGAGUAAUGGCAUUAGCAGGAGCAUCAACCAGAUGAUGUAUUCCAUGCUCCAAAUUGGAUAUACGAAGUGGAGUGAGAUCCCUCAAGAAGACCAAGAGUUGUGGUUUCGUCAAUUUGCGCAAGAGUUCAACUGGCACCCCGAUCACACGGAAACAGUCCGUAUUAGAUUCAAAGCUAAGGCCAUGGACUCUUAUACAAAGCAAGUGAAUGCGUGGAAGAAAGUUUGGCAGAAGAACAAGAGGCCACGGAACAUCAACGGGAGGGUGUUCGAGCAGUUGGUAGCUCAUUGGCAGAAGGACGAAACUGCAGAGACGUCUUCUAGGAACUCUAAGAACCGGAAGAGCGAUCGUGGCGGGAAAGGUAUGUAUGUGCACAACCUCGGGGCUUGCUCUAUGUCUACUAAGGAAGAUGAACUUAUCGAAGCAAAUGACGGUAAUCCCGUUGAUCGACUCCAACUCAUUAAGGUGGCUCACACUAACAAGAAGACGGGUCAAAUUCAGGACCUCUUGAUCAAAGAUGUCGUUGAUUUGGUGGAAACUGAAAUAGCAUCUCAAUCUCAGCCUCUCUCUGAUGACGGCGAUUCAGUGGGAGCUUCAACCAACUUGUCCCGAUUGCAAAUCAAUGAGAUGGUUGAAAAGGCUGUUCCUAAAAGGAAAGGAGGCUUUUUAGUUGGAUUGGCCCGCCGUGCUUCUUCGUAUCCGGCAUCUUCUUCGCAGGCUCCGUAUGCCGAUCCCAUGAUUCUCGAUGAGCUACAUGACAAAGGUGAACGGAUUGUGGCAUUGGAGGAGCAGAACGCCACUAUCCAAGCUGAGAAUGCCACUAUCCUUGCUGAGAAUGCCACUAUCCUUGCUGAGUUGGCAUCCCAAAAGAAGACCAACGCCGAGAUAAUGGAGAAGCUAAACCGUUUAUUUGCUUCGAGUUCUUAGUUUUUUUCUGAAUUUUAAAACUUUCUGAAUGUUUUUUUUUAAUAUUUCGGUUUGUAUGAAUUUAAAUUCUAUAAUAUUAUUAGUUUUCAAUUUCA